AUGGGAACGAUUUUACAGGAUCAUUCCAAGUUAGACUCGGACACAGUUGCUGAGGCUAUAAGGCCAUUGGUUGAGAGUGACCCGUCCAUCAAGGUCAAAUCUAUAAUUACGGAAGUCCAGUCAAGGUUUAACUACACCAUCAGUUACCGAAAGGCUUGGUUGACAAAGCAGAAGUCCAUAGCCAAAGUUUUUGGUGGUUGGGAGGAUUCUUAUCAAGCUUUGGCAUGGUGGCUCUCGGUCAUGACUCAGAAGAUGCCUGGCUCAAUAGUCCAAAUAGAAACACGACCACUGUACAAUGGGACUGAGGAGGCGGAUGGUACACUUCUAGUUGCUGUUGCACAAGAUGGAAACCAGAACAUUGUGCCUAUCGCCUUUGCCCUGGUGGAGGGCGAGACAGCUGAUGCGUGGCACUUCUUUCUAAGGAAUCUACGAAAGCAUGUUGUUAGAUCAGACGGCGUGGGGUAUUCAAGGAUAGUGGAGGAGUACAACAUCAAUUACAAGAGGUUGGAAGAGCGAGGCGAGGCAUAUGCCCGGUGGUGCGAUGCCAUUGGACUUAGACACUGGGUAUUGACAUUUGAUGAGGGUCAUCGAUGGGGCCAUAUGACGACGAACCUUGUGGAGUGCAUUAAUUCAAUUUUGAAGGGUGCCCGAAACCUCCCAGUGUUGGCACUCGUCCGAGCAACGUAUUAUCGGUUAAACGAAAUUUUUACGCGAAAGAGUGCCGAGACUCACGAACGCAAGCGUGCUGGAUUUAAUUACUCUGUAUUUGCACAACAUAGGAUAGAAGCAAACAUCCAACGUGCUGGGAAUAUAGUUGUGCACCGGUUUGAUAGACGGAACGAGGUGUUUGAGGUUCGUGAAAUGCCUAAUGGAAAGGUGUUGGUGGAACGACUACCAUAUCGACAUGUUAUUGCUUGUUGUGCAAACCAGCGACUUGAUUGGCAGCUGUAUGUGCAUGAUGUGUACAGAAUGACAGAGGUUUGUAAAGUCUACAGAUUUGAGUUUGUACCAUUAGGCGAUGCAGAGACAUGGCCUGCUUAUCAGGGACCCACAUUGGUCGCUAAUCUCGCCUUGAGGAGAACAUCGAAAGGUCGUCCCAAGUUGACCUGA